GAUCAUCCGACAGGAACUGGCAGCUUCCGCAUAAACAAAAGCUCAGUGUGGUUCGUGAUGGUGGAAUUGAGGGAUGUGAAACAGUGUUGAAAUUGUGAUCUUUUUUUUGUAGCUAUUUUGAUAAGUGAGCGAUAAGCAAAGCGGGAGGAAGUGUUGUGCACCGAGUGGACAUAAUUUUCAUACACAAUAAAGCCUAUAGUAAGGUGGCAAGCAUGAUGAGUUGGAAAUGUCAGGCGCUGAUGUUGCUAGCGGUAUACGCCUGCGCUUAUGCAAUUGACGACACACCGCCCAAACAGCGACAGCGGACAGCGAAGCUCAUACGCAACUAUCCCGAUUACGGACCGAUCACACAGCGCGUCCAGUCGUUGGAGAGUCCGAUGUACAACUUUAUUGACCCUUACGGUCCAGGAACGUACGCGUUUGGGUACGAGAUCGAGGAUCCGGCAAGCGGCAACGUACAGUUCCGCGAUGAAGAGAAGCUGAAGAAUGGUACUGUGCGUGGUUCGUAUGGUUACAUGCAACCGGAUGGGUCGGUAAUAAUCACUAGUUUCGUGGCAGAUGAGGGUGGCUAUAGGGCGAAAACGGAGAUCAAGCGCGCUAACGGACAAACGGUAGCAUCCUUCCCUGCGCCUGCACCCUCCACCGGUCCCGGGUCGCACGAUCGGUACUUUCCGGCGUACGAUCAACAGGCGAGCACAAUUAAUCCAGCCGUUGCAGCUGCACUACAGCAGCAACACAUCAACCUGAAUCCCACGUACAACCCAAUCCUCGAUCCAGGCGUUAUCGAUCCCCAGUAUGCAGCGGCAAUCAUGGGACACAUACGCGAUCAGCAGUACAGUCCCGGGCAAGGUUUAGUACAGUAUCCGUACGGUAUGCCGAAUGCACCGUUUGCACCACAUCCGCAUCAGCACCGUCCUCAGCACCCGCCGCAUGCACCAUUGUACGACGCACCACAGAAUGGGUUUUCCAACUUUAUCGGUCAACUGCCGGCCAAUCUGAAUCCGUACAAUCUAUACCAAAAUCUGCAGUCCUCUUUUCCGCAGGUACUACCACAGCAGAACCCACUCGACCAGCUAGCCAAUAGCAUACAGGGCAGCUUCCCACAGCAAGCGGGUUCUGGGUUUGGAAAUUUCUUAACCGGCGCUCAGAACUCUUUCCAACAGUUUGUGCCACAAGGGUUUGGUAACUGGAUCGGGCAGAACCGGGUGCCCGUGCCCGGUCAGCAACAGUUUCUGCCGGGAGGAUAUGCAUUUCAGCAACAGAUGCCUCACCAACAGAUUCUGACAUCAAACAGACCGACGAACGUGUUGGGCGAUAUGCCGAUGAGUGGACCCGGAUCGAUGGGAUCGAUGAUGAUGAAUGGACAGUAUGUGCCGACUACGAGACGCAGGAAGAUUACCGGUACGACAAAGAAACGGAACAAGCUAAAGACUCGGGAUGGUAUGGAUUGGUUUGAUGAUUUCCUGGAGAAUCGUAAGCGACAGGUGAUGUACAGUGGCGGAACUGCUACAACACCGGAACCGGUUACCGAGAUGACACUGAAAGAUGGUGUAGACAGCGAGUGAAUGGGGGAGAGUGUGCCAAGCUGGGACGUAAUUUAUAUAUUUAUUGACUAACUAUUUAUUGUCAUCGUGAGUAAGAUAGGGCCAGAAUUCAUUAAUCGUACGCCUGAAGGUAUGCAAAAGUGGAAGUUAAGAUUACAUUCGAUGACUAACGAAGGGUAAUAGGAUAAUUUUGGAGAGUCUUUUUGGAAUCGAAAGAGUUCUUGGAUAACGUCAGAAUUUCUCGAAUAAAUAAAAAUAAUCGAAACAAAACUGAUAAGUUAAGAUCAUUAUCAAUAAUUUGAAUAUUGAACUUGAAGAUCAGCGUAGCGGAAUUCUUUCAUUCAAUAAGUCAAUCGAGAAAAUUAAGCUUUUCCCUAAACUAAACUAAAACCCACGGUACAAAAACAAAACUUGCUGGU